CUCUCAUAAUUGUAGAAUUAUUGCAUACACAUACAUACAUACUGAAAGAGAAAGAAAAAGAAAAUAAAAUCCCAAUUAGUUCAAUUGAUGGAACCCAUAAUAUAUAUGUUCAUGUUGGUAAUUUACCAAGAACCUAACAACCAAUUUCUGAUAAAAUUAUUUGUGUUUUGCAUAUAAUUAAUUACACUGAUAAAAAAAGUACUUUGUACACUUCUGGGAAAUGCUUAUAGGUGCAAACUUGGGUGUAGUUAAACAUUGUUAUUAGCCUAGUCUUGAGUCUGAAUGAGUUCCAAGGUUUAACCUAGUCAAGCUUGGAUAGUGCUGUUUACACCUGAAACCAUCAUGGACAAGGUAUAUAUGGUAGGGAUGAAUGUGUUUUGAGUGUGGAUCUUAAUAGGUUUAUGCCAUGUGAACUUGUGGUAUGUCUAGAUUUGUAAAAUUCAGCACUUUUUUUUUAGUUCAUUCAUAAAACUGGUUUGUUUUUAAGGUAUUAUGAUGUAGCCAUGGAAGGUUAAUUUGUUACUAGUUUGCAAAUUAUAAUGGGGUUCCCAUGUGAAGUCCAAUUGAAAUACAAAUCAUGCAGUUUUAAAGGUUUAGUUAUGUUUUCUAGGAUUAAAUCCAUUUUAAUUUUGGGCUUUUAUUUUACAUGUUACAGUCAUUUUUGUAAACAUGGUCAAAGCUGUCAUUUCAAUAACUACUGCAAAUUAAGGGUAAUUAGGUAAUUCAAUUGAGUCUGGGAUUAGAUCCUAAGUAUCUUUGGUAUAUUUUCUUUGAGUCAAAGUUAGCCUUUUAUCACCUUAUUAAGAUCUAGAGUCUUAUGCAUCUUAUUGUACUGAGUUGAUUAAUAAAAAUAUUGAGCAUUUUGAGCAUUGAGGCUCACUGACCUUAUUGUUAUUUUUCUUCUUUUCUCUUCUCUUUUCUUAUUAUCUUUCUUGCAUUAUUAUUCACGAGUACUGCUGAUACAGCCCCUGAAGAGUAUAUAUUUCUCACUUUCCCUUCUUCCUUAGUAGAACAUAAUGUAUGGGAAGACAGAUUCGCUUAGCUUAUUUCUAGAUUUACGAUAAGACAAAGUAGGGUGUGUAGUAAUUUUAAAAAAUGGUAGCUUGGUCUCUCAUGGAAAAUGGUUGUUUGAAAACAGGAGUCCUAAGGGAUACCUCUCACAAGUGAAAAUGCAUGUCUUGGCUUUCUAAAUAACACCCAUGAAAAUAGCUUGUUAGAGAUUAGUAGAAAGAAUUAUCUUUUGAAUGACCUUUUGCUUAAGGGAUGCUUAUAGUUAUCUCCUUUUAUAAGUUGCAAAUUUUCCAGUUGCAUUUUAAGAGAAACCUACAUUGGUUUUUUGGUAUGUGUUUUGUGGAUAUCAAAUGAAAGCUUAAGUAUGUCAUUCCUUAUUAAGCGAGGAUAAAUUGCUUAGCCCGUCAGGGGUGAAAAGUCCUUGAAUUACUCGAUAACUGGUUCUAGUGGAUGGGAUCAAUUACCCAUAGAAGUUUGAUUAACAGUGAGGAUUAUUGUAUAGUAUGCUUUGCGACCUGCAACGAAUUUGAGUGAAGUUCUCCGAUGUUAUCAAAAAAAAAAAAGUAUGACAUUCCUUAUUGAGUGAAACAACAUAUGUCUAUGGUAAUCUAAGACAAUGUAGUGUCAUUCACAAUUCAAUCCUUUGGUCCAAUGAACAAUUGUCAUGGUUUAUGUCAGGGGUGACGGAUUCUUGACAUGGUGCCUUUAACAAGAUGAUAUUCAUUUUUAAAAUAACUUAAACAAAAACCAAGCAUCCGAUAUCUUUUGGGCUUCGUUAGAUCUCAUAUCUUUUGGGCUGUGUUAGGAACUCAAAGCAAGCUUCCACAAAAUUACUAAAUUAGUGUUACUAACCAAAGGAGGAUUGCCAGUAGUGUACUGAUUUUUGUUUUAGAUUUUAAUUUAAAAUUUAGUACCAUUUGUGUCAAGAUUUUAUACGAUAUUGAUUUAAGAGUGUGCUUCACAAUGGAUUGUUUCUAGUCAACUCCAUUUGUAAUUGUGCAUGUUCCCGACCAUCAUUUGACAAUAUAUAUACAGUUUAUCUUUUAAAUAUGUGCCUUGACAUUCAUUUCUGCUAGAUAAAUGUGCAGCUUCCACAUCGUUACCUAUCCAAAAAAAAAAAAAUUGCAGCUUUCUAGUAAACUCCAUUUGUAAUUGUGCACGUUCCCGACCAUCAUUUGACAAUAUAUAUACAGUUUAUCUUCUAAAUAUGUGCCUUGACUUUCAUUUCUGCUAGAUAAAUGUGCAGCUCUCACAUCGUUACCUAUCAAAAAAUAAAUAAAUGUGCAGCUCUCAACCAUGUGCGCACUUUCAUAGUAUCAAUUUUGGUAUCGGAGCUUUACCUCGAGGAUUGGUAGAAGCAUUGGUGCAGGCACUUGUAUUGUGGCAUUUCCUUGUAAUUUUUGGUAGUUUCUAGGGCCUCUUGUCUACAAAUAAAUAGAUAAAUAUAUCAUAAACAAUAUAUUUCGCAUCAAAGAAUGUUCAUUUUCAACAGGAUUCAAAUUUUACAUGAUGAGUACACCUGAGGAUUCUAAAGAAUCUGAUGAGCUGAAAUGCACCUGUGGGCUUCCUGCAAAACUGAGAGUAUCUGAAACUCCCAAGAAUCCAUUUAGGUUAUUCUAUAAUUGUUCCAAGGGUAUUCAUGACCAAUGUGAAUAUUUCCACUGGGCUGAUGAACCAGCUGCAACUGGUGAUAGACAAACUGAUGAGCUAAAUCUCAUUCGCAAUGUGUGCAUUCAACUACAACGAAGAAUGGGUAAGAUCGAAGAAGAACAUGAGGAUGAGAAGACUAUCUGGAAUGAAGAAAAAUCUGCUCUAAUGUCACAACUAUCAACUGUCCAAGCUGAGCUAGAUGGAAUGAAGAAAAGAAUAAAGAGGGCAAAUGAAUCUGAUCUUAUGCCCCCAGUUAAUAAAUUCUCCAAAUCAGAUGAUGAGGCAGAUGAUGCAAUAAUCAUACAUACUCUAUAGGCAAUCAUACCAUGUAUAGGAUAGAUGUAGAAUCAUUUUGAGCCAGUCUUUUUUGCUUAUUUUGUCCACAUUUGGCCUGGUUAGUUGUUACAUGCAGGAGGUAUAUUUUCAUGUAACCUAUAGCUAGGAAUAUAUU